CUCUAGUAACUGGGCACAAACAGUGCGGGGAACACACGUCUCAUCGGGAAACUGAAAACAGUUUCACUGACAUUUCGGAAUCACCUGACAUUCACCGCUGUCCGUUGCAUCGUUUGGACAUCGCCAUCUCGUAGUGAAAUGGGCCGACUCGGAUACAUAUAACUAUUUAUAAAUUCUCAAUCUGAAACGUGUGUUCAGUGGAGUGGUUGCUGAGCUCGGCCCCUCGCGUCCCGCGGUUCCGGACGUGUCAAAAUUCACGUGUUAACAUGAAAACCGCCAAUUUUCUAACUGUGCCAAAAACAUUCAAAUAAACUUUAAGUUUACUUUAAGUGAGUUUUGUGAUGUAACGGUGAAUUGAAAUGGAAUUCGUAGUGUUAAUUUCGAGAGACAAGAAAAGUUAACGUCAUGUAAAUUAUCCAAUGUUUACCUCUACAGUGUUGUGAAUGACGAUUAGUUUUAAUAAAUUAGAUAAAAGUUGAAAGUGACAGAGCUAUGUAGGUGACGUAUGAUUAGAAAGGGCGACCUUUCAUAGACUAGUUGGUUGUGAUAAAUUAAAGAAAUACCUGCCGGUUCACGCUUGAUUCUCUCCUCUGCUGGCUACCUGUCAAAGACUUAUCAAUAAUCUGGUUGUAUAAUUCUCGUGAGUUGUGAUUAACUCAAAUAAAAAUAAGAUUAUUUAUGUAUCACUCAGUGAUGUAGCUUAGGUACUUAUGUGAAUAUUAUCAUCUACAUGUUUUGGUGUUUGCUAAAAAUGUCGAUAAAAAGGUUGUUGUGUUCCUCUCGGAACUAACUUUGGCUAUAUUUCCCUCGAGGUUGUGAAUACUACAAUAAAGAACUGAAAGCAAAAACUUGGAGGCCCCAUUAUCAUUCAGAUGGGAAUAUGCCAUAUAAUGGAGGUUGUUUACAUAUAAAGUGAUACAGUGAAAUAUUUGGACAAAUUUUGAUGUGCUUGGAAGAAAAAUAAGAAGAGGUUUCAUUAUCAAGGAUGAGGUGGUAACGGCUCCGGAGCGGCAACGCCCAUGUUGUGAUGGCUGCAGUUAAUUCGGUGCAGACGUCGCGGCUGCCGCUGCCGACGUUCUCACCGCGUGCCGUGCUGAUGUACAGCGCGGCGGUGGGGGGCGAGGGCGCGGUUGCUCUGCAGCUCCGCGAGGCAGCUCCGGGCGAGGUCGAUGACCGCCUCGCCAUCGCCUGCCACGAGCCCGAACUGUUGGCCGACCUGCUGCACGCCGCCGCCGACAUUGACGGUGAACAUGGCGGGUUUACAGCAUUGCUAGGGGCAGCUUCCCCCGACUUAGCCCUGGCUUCUGAUGCCUCUGACAGCCUCCCCAUGCCAGACACUGAUACCGAGUGCACAUCGUCGUCACCUAGCGGCGUGCUGAGCGGCAUCACGACGGUGUCGGUGGCGGUCACGGGCAUUGAUCCGCGGCCGCCGCUCGCAGCCAAGAAGGUGCGACCCAAACCUGCCUCACCGAACCGACAGGGCCCGCAACAGUGUCAAGUAUGCAACAAGAUCUUCGGCAACGCGUCGGCCCUGGCGAAGCACAAGCUAACACACAGUGACGAACGCAAAUAUGUCUGCAUCACGUGCGCCAAAGCCUUCAAGAGACAGGACCACCUCAACGGCCACAUGCUAACCCAUCGGAACAAAAAGCCGUACGAGUGCAAAGCGGACGGGUGCGGCAAGUCCUACUGCGACGCCAGGUCGCUGCGGCGACACACCGAAAACCAUCACCAACCGCCCGCUGAGCCAAGUACAAGCAGCACAUCGACCACCACUUCGACGGGCACAGCUGACCGGGAUUCGAACCCGCACCGGGUGUCGUCGCCCACCUCACCCGCUAACCACCGCGCCAACCCACCGCACUCCGAGUCAAGCAACUCUGGUUCCGAAAAGUCGCAUGGCACAAGCACGAGCGCCAGCGGGAGCGAGAGCAGCCCGCCGAGCACGCCGCCCGCGCCCCCCACGCCUCUCACCCCCCCAACGAGGGCCAAGCCCAAAUCCAGCCACAGCAGACCAAAGUCCUCUACGACCAAGAAAUCGGCUGCUCGAGAUCAAUUGGCGGCCCAUCAAGCAACUCAAAAGUCAGCCAGUGGGAGCGGCGGAAGCUCAGCGGCGAGCGGCGCGGCUACCUUAGCGGCAAGGCUCAACGAGGCCAAGCCAGUGGAGUGCAACCUUUGCCAUCGCAAGUUCAAGAACAUCCCGGCACUUAACGGACACAUGCGGUUACAUGGCGGUUAUUUUAAAAAGGACUCGGAUAACAAGAAACUGGAUAAGAAGGAGUCGACUGGCCCGCCAUUGCAGACUGCCUCCGUGUCAGUCAGAGCUCUUAUCGAAGAGAAGAUCAUCAGCCGACGAGGAGCCACGGCCACAGCGUCUACUAGUUGUACAAUCACGGAAGCAGCCAGUUCCCGAAGCGGUUUCGUCGCGCCAGCUCCGCCGCCAUUGUCCAGCUUGCGCACUUCAUCAUCACCGGUGUCAUCCUCAGCCACGUCACAGUUCGUGUCGCCCCGUGCACCACCAGUUGUCACCAUCGCCACUAACGUCACUUCCAAUAUGACUGUAGCUCAUAGGGACUCUACGCUUAUUGAGUUGUUGAAGAAGGGGAACACGAAGGUUGUCAAACGCUCAGCAUCAGAUCCUGGACAAUCAUCACCGCAACAAGAUUUUACUUUUCGCCCCGAACUGUUUGGAGUCUCAUUCAACUCCGACGACGGUUACUUCUCGCCAGCUCUGAAUGAUGACACCUUCCAGUUCACGACAACGCCAGAACAUCUAGAAGACCUGGCUUCUUUGGAAGACUAUGCUACAGUAGCGGCAUCUAUACGAGAGCGAUCACCAGUGACAUUUCCAUCUAGUCGACGACUUGCGGCUGUCCUUAACUCUCCUUUGCCGGAAUCCUUAGCAGACUUUGGGGCUUGUCAUGGAGGAUCUCCAGUUCCGUCGCCAGGGAUGGGCUACACCGCAAGUUCACCAGGGCUGUCGUACACGACGGGAGAUUCACCAGGAUUGGCAUACGCUGCUUCGCCUGGUGGAAGCUAUUCAACGCAACCUGAGCCUUCCCCGGGCCUGGGCUAUCCCACUCCACCAGCCUCUCACGACGCUCACUCACCAGCGCACACAGUACCGAGAGCGUCGUCUCCGUUGUCUGCAGCGUUCUUUACUGCCACUAUGUCUAGUCAAGAAGAGGUGGAAGAAGCUUUAGAAGAAGUUCUGCCUGAAGAAUGCCGGUCACUAGAUGCCUAUACCUUAGAGCCUUCGCCGACGCCCAGACGGAUAAUGCUGAACUCAGAAGACCCAUUGCUGUCGAGUAGUCCACGAGACUUCUCACACCAAAGGCCUGCUCGUCGACAUCGCAUGAUGAGCUCUAUGAAUCAGUGGCAACACGAUGCAGGUUCCCUUCAGGUGUGCGUAGAGGGUCGAGACACCGUGCCCGCGGUGUUCCUGAGCCCGAGCAGCGUGCCCGCGUCGCCGCGCCGCAAGCGCCGCGCGUCCCCCGCGGGCCCCUACCGCUCGCGCAUGCGCCGACACAACACCCACUACACGCCGCAGCCUAUCCUGCCUCCGGACAGAGAGGGGUCCGGGCUGCUAGCUGAACUCAUUGCUGGCCUACCAUCAUCAGAAACAGACGUGCUAUCUCAAGAGCCGCGACACCCGCAGAUCAACAUUGGCCGCGACCACCAAGCAGAGAUACCAGAGCUGUAUAAUGAUCGCAUCGACCUCCAUCGAGCGCCCGAACAGUUGCUCUGGGAUCCUGGCAUCAACGACUGCUUAGAUGAUAACGAAGUGCGCAUGUUCAUGGAGCUGGCGAUGUGCGCGGCGAUGCCGGUGGGCGGGCACACGCGCGAGUUCGCGCUGCAGACGCUGGGCGAGUGCGGCGGCGACGUGCGCGCGGCCACGCUGCGGCUCAUGGCGCGCGCCGCCGCGCCCGCGCUGCGCGAGCCGCGCUGGACGCCCGACGAGCUCGAGGCCUUCCUCGCCGGCCUCGCGCACUACGACAAGGACUUUUACAGGAUCGCGCAGCUGGUACGGACAAAGGACUCGAAGCAGUGCGUGCAAUUUUACUACUUCUGGAAGAAGGUGACCAAAGACUACAAGACACUGUACCUCCGGAGCUGGAUAUCGGAGCAAUCAUCACAAGGUUCAGUCCAGGCGCUAAACUCCGCAACUUCGUCGACGAUCAAUACUUCGUGCUCGCCGUCGUCUUUCGACAGCGAGGAGUUUCCAUGCAAGAUUUGCGGGAAAGUAUUUAACAAAGUAAAAAGUCGUAGCGCGCACAUGAAGUCGCACCGGCCACUCGACGCCGAGACCAAACGGCCUAAACUCGAAAAGCCUUAUGAAAAGGUCGAGAGACCGGAUGAGAGGCCCCACGCGACGGCCGAAUACCAAACUAGACCCACGUAACUGUACCGACUCCUUGCGCACUCAUGCGACCCUCUCUUGACACUCUCAUACCUCCCGCAUUCCCCCUCCCCUCCCUUUGUCUAAUUUUGUCGCCACUUUAAGCAGCUUUGUCACAGCGAUUUAAAAAAAAAUUAUGCAUACAUUAAGCGCAAAUUGUUGACUGUUGAAGUUGAAGUACUACUACUGUACUACUGCACUGGAUCUUAGAUGCUCUUUCGUGAUUGUCUUGUUUCUUAUAGCCGAAUAACUUUGUCCGGAUGAUCCUAUCCGAUUUAUACCAAACGAAACUUUAAUGGUUUUUCUCUUUAAUCUUUUCCUAUAAUUCCAUCAAGUUUAUUACCUAGAUUAGUACAGAAACCUAUACACAAAUAAUCAGAAAAGUGGUUUCUUUUGUGAUCAAAUGCAAAAAUGCGAAUCAAAGCAAACGAGAUAAUUUAACCCUUCCCUGCGCCCACGCACCCCUCACCUCAGACAUGAGUGUCUCGCUCGGACUCGGAGAAAUGCUGAAUCACGCCAAGCAUUUACUAUGAUUACAAAAUAGAUUAUAGAUACAAAGUGAUCUGAGAAGAGAGCAACGUAGUGACUAGUAGCUAGAGAAAGAAUAGCUUUGGGUAUAUUAAACGGAUUGCCUAAUAAAUAAUACUAUUUCGAAAUUCUCGUAAUGCUAAGCUUGAAGAGAGCGCAUAAAGAUAUUUUGUAUAACGAUUGAUAUAGAUAGGUAGUUCUUCGUAAAGUUUUUAUAUGACAGACUUCUUAAUGUGACUUGCAAGUGUGAUGUUGUAAAUAAUAAACAGUAGAUCAUUGUUAACGCUACGGUUCAUGAUGGGCGAGCACUUUCGUUCUAUGUAAUACGAGUAUAUAGUUACGUAUGAUAAGUCGUGUAGUAACUACACUACCUCGUUUAUAUAUAUGUUGAGUUUUGCGAGCCCAGCUCACUUUAUAGCGUCAGAUCUUCGCGGUGCGAGUCUAUCUGGCGCUUUACAUUUGCUUGUUUGCUCAUUGUCAUGUUAUUUAUUUUGUAUUACUUUUACCUUUUGUUCUUUUUUUUCUAAUCUUAUUAGAAAAAUCAAUGCGCAAAUUCUUUCAGGCGUAUUUAUUGUAGUUAUAUUAGUUAAUAUGAAUUCAAUUCAGGAUCCGAAUCUACUAGUCACAUAUCGACGUUAUUUCUGCACAAAUUUAAAUAAAUUUUCUAAAUAUUAUUCGUUGUGUUUGAACUUCUAUGAAAUUAGGGUCAAGUCAUCAAGAAAUAAUAUAUACAUCAAAAACGGUAUACAAAAGACAAGCAUUAAUUUUCCGUCCAAAAAUACCGUUCAAAUAGAAAGCGAGACCUACUACUCA